UUCCGGCGCCGCCGCGGGUCGGCCCCUUCCGGUGGUGGCUCCGUGCGGGCGGGAUGGGGGUGACCUGCGUGUCGCAGGUGCCGGUGGCGGAGGGGAAGAGCGUGCAGCAGACGGUGGAGCUCCUGACGCGGAAGCUGGAGGUGCUGGGCGCUGAGAAGCAGGGCACCUUCUGCGUGGACUGCGAGACCUACCACACGGCAGCGUCCACCAUCGGCACCCAGGGGCAGACUGGGAAGCUGAUGUAUGUGAUGCACAACUCCGAGUACCCGCUCAGCUGCUUCGCGCUCUUCGAGAGCGGCCCCUGCCUCAUCGCCGACGCCAACUUCGACAUCCUCAUGGUGAAGCUCAAAGGCUUCUUCCAGAACGCCAAAGCCAACAAGAUCGAGAGCAGGGGCACCCGUUACCAGUACUGCGACUUCCUGGUGAAGGUGGGCACGGUCACCAUGGGCCCCAGUGCCCGUGGGAUAUCCGUGGAGGUGGAGUACUGCCCGUGUGUGAUAGCCAAUGACUGCUGGAACCUGCUCAUGGAGUUCAUGCAGAGCUUCAUGGGGAGCCACGCUCCCGGCCUCCCCUCCGUGUUUGGCACCAAGCACGACAGCAUCUACGGCCCCUCGGACACCAUGGUGCAGUACAUGGAGCUCUUCAACAAGAUCCGCAAGCAGCAGCAGGUGCCUGUGGCUGGGAUGAGGUGAAAGGAAUCCCUGGGAAUCCACUUUGGAAUCACUGCCUCCUCUUCACCGUGGGAUCAGGACCCUCCGAAAGGCAGCACUGGAGCAGCCCAAGGUGCUGUGUUUCUUCUCAGUCUCUUUCCCCCCUGUUUCAGAGCAAAGGGCUUGAAUUCUCCACGUGUUUCUUGGCCUCUUUCGUGCUUUUGAGUGCAUCUGGGAUGGGGCUUGUGGUGCUGAUGGUUCUUUGUCCAGUGCUUCAUGUGGGGGAUUAGUGCUCAGCAGGAAAAGGAGCAAUUCCAGCCAAAUCCAUGCCCAGAUUGGCCGAGCUCCUUGCAGGCACUGAAUUAGAGAUUUUCCUGAACUUUUCAGGAUAUCCACAUGUCUUUAUUUUCCAUGGAAAUAAAAAGCUGUGUUUUGUGA